UCAGCUACCUGUCGACUGUCCUAUUCGCUCCCUUCAACUUGUUGCACCUACUUUCAAAAAGUUAAGAAUUUACCUGUUUUCUGUGAGAAAGUGAACUUGUUAUCUAAUUAGCAUGUUAAAAGGCAUCCGUUUCUCAUUUAGUGUUAUCUGAUUAUCGCAUACGAUCGACGUACGUGCGUUUAAUAACGUGAUGUUUUUAAAGAAUUCGUUAUGAUGCACCUGCACUGCAGAUAUCUGUCGUUGUUAAACGCAACAUGCAACGUACUUAGUGUAUUGUAAUUAUGACACGGCUGAACGGUGAAUUAAGGAAAUCCAGUUAGCGUAGCUACGUGGAAGUGUAAUAAUAAAAAGUGCAUGACAAUCGUGGAGUCAUCUUCUAAAAUGACUCAUAACUGGUCAGUGGUAUGCCCGCAUGCCGCUAUUGUUUUGUUUUUGUGGAACCAAAAAUUCGAUGAGUAAACAGUGAAGAAUGCUGGCUAUUUGUUAAAACAAAAUAAUGUUCUAUAUUUGAAAUUGUGAAUAGGCUCACUGUUGGUAAAGAGUUUUGAUGAUGAAAGUGGUUCUGAUUAUGUUAUAAGCAAUGGCUCAGAGUUCAGUGGAUUCUGAUCGACUUUCUUCAGCUGGGAUAUCGACUCACAGUUCAGGCACAGCAGGGACCGUCGGUGGUUCAGUUGUUGGAGUCAGAGUUGGUGAUCAAGUUCAUAAAAGAGAAGAUGAAGAUGACUAUCUGGGGCCAUUACCUCCCAUGUGGGAGAAAGCAUUUACACCUUCAGGAGAGAGGUAUUUCAUAGACUAUAAUACUGGUACAUCACACUGGCUGGACCCUCGCCUAGCCAGAGUACGAAAGCAUUCACUUGGUGAAUGUGGAGAGGAUGAGUUGCCAUAUGGUUGGGAGAGAGUCACGGAUGAACGGUAUGGCUCAUACUAUGUGGACCAUAUCAACAGACGCACACAGUAUGAGAAUCCUGUGUUGCAAGCACGUCGGCUGAGAGCUGAAAAAAUGGCAGCAGAAAAUAACAAUAAUACAUCCAACGGAACCCCACCAACAGGCGAACUGCGUGGGGAGAGAUUUUCACUGACUCUGACAAAAGGAACACAGGGUCUCGGCUUCACAUUAAUCGGUGCCGAAGGUUCUCCAGAAACAGAAGGAUACCUUCAAAUUCGCAGUAUCGUACCUCACAGCCCUGCAUGGAUUGAUGGCGCUCUACGGCCAGGCGACGUGAUAGUGGGUGUUGGUAACCGCGGUGUGCGUGGACUGACGCACGCGCAGGUCGCACAAAUCUUUCAAGGGAUCGCCGCCGGUAGUGACGUCACACUGCACUUUGUUAGAGGUUAUCCAUUGUCGUUUGACUCGGAGGAUCCAAACACGAGGGUGCUCAGCACACUAGCAGUGGAUGCUAGCAGCGAUGCAGUGGCCAUGCAACAACUCACCAGGGCCUUGCGAACCAGGUUCAACCUGGAGUCCCCGUCGGGGCGCGACGUGGCGGACGGGCGCGAGGGCCUGCUGUCGCGCUCCUUCGACCUGGACGAGCUGCCCGCUGACACCAGCUCGCUGCCGCCGCGCUGCCCCUCCGCGGACCACCUGCUCGCGCUCGCCUCCGACCACCAGCACCGCAGCGCAGCUCCAACCGAGCCGGGUCGCGAGCUGGUGCUCACGCUGCGGCGCGGCGCCGCCGGCUUCGGGUUCACUAUAGCUGAUAGCGUACAUGGCCAGAAGGUUAAGAAGGUGUUGGACUUAGGUCGCUGCGCUGGUUUGCGUGAGGGAGACUUGCUGUUGCAGAUUGGAGACACCGACGUGAGACACACCCCUCAUCAAAGGGUUGUGCAGGUACUAAAGGAGUGUCCAGCCAUGUCCGAAACAACUCUACGCGUGUGGAGGAAGAACACGAUUACCAGGGCUCCCCGCAGCCGCUCAGCUACGAGAGUUCAGCCUACCACAAAUAACACAGCAAAUACUCAAUUGGGUAGAAGCAAGACUCCCACUGCUGAACAACUUAGAUCACCAGCGAUGAACGCAUCAGACACUGCAAGGGGGAGACAGAAUGAAAUGAACUCGGUAGAGGCCACGUACGCGGUGCCGGAACACAAAUCGCGAGAGAGCCGAGAGAGCAUCAUGGACCGACGGCGGAGGAGCAGCACGCCCGGAGCCAGGCUGACGCUGCCGGUCGUCACCCCGUGGAGCGAACAGACCGACAAUUGGAACGAACGCGAGACCUGGAUAGAUAACUCCAACAACAUACGAAAUUGGGCGGAGAACGCUCAGAAGUGGGACGAGAACGGACAAAAAUGGGAUGGCACCAGCCAGAAGUGGGACGGUUCCAGCCAAAAGUGGGAUGGGACGAGCCAGAAAUGGGACGGUUCCAGUCAAAAGUGGGAUGGUGAAGGCACCAGUAACGGGAAUUGGGAGGGGAACGGGGAGAGAUGGAACAACAAUUGGGGAGAACUCCCCACCCCGACCAUACACGUGGAUAUGAAUGCCGCGUACUGGCGGGGGAACGCUAGCGUCGCAGAUAGCAGCGACAAUGGAGGAUUUCCAGAAGACGGUCUACUCCAUUCUCCCACUACAGCAGCUAUAAGUGGUCUUUCGCGACAGUCGCCUUCCACCAGCCGACUGAGACCGCACUCUCCAUCUAAUUCUACUGGUCGUCUCCGAAGUAAUUCUCCUUCAAACAACAGUGCAACGGACAGACUGUUAAAUAAUUCUCCAUCAACUCGAAUGCAGAGUCAAUCGCCAUCGAAUAACUCUUCCAAUGGGAGGCUUAAAGGAUCUCCUAUGAGGCUCGGUGACGCGUCACCAUCCCGUCACAUACACUCGCCGGUGUCGCAUCGGUCUGCGUACGAUGCGGAUAUGCCUCAACAAGUGUACGUCGCCAACUAUCCACAGGUGGAAGCCGGCGGUUCCGCGGACCCGGAAGCGGACGUGCUGGUCCGGCUCGCGCGCGGCUCCGCGGGCUUCGGCUUCCGCAUCGUCGGCGGCACGGAGGACGGCAGCCGAGUGGCCGUUGGAUAUGUUGUGCCCGGUGGCCCAGCAGACGGUCUACUCCGACCAGGCGAUCUACUCACGUCAGUAGACGGUAUACCGUUAAGUGGAGCGACCCACGCCAGGGCGGUCGCGUACGUGUGUCAGGCAGCUUCCAGAGGGCAUGUAACACUAGGAGUGAGACACAACAGAGCUGACAUACAACCGCUGGGCUUGCCAGCCGUAGUCCCGACGCAUCAACAUCAACCGCUGCUGACCGCCGAGCCGGCGGCGGCGCACGCGCCGGCCUCGUACAGCAUCCUGCACCCUGCGCCCAUGUACCCGCCCACUGCGCACGUGCCUAUGUACGGCGUCCAAUACGAAGCUAACAGCGGAUGGAACGUGCCCUACGACGUCACGGUCACGAGGAACGAGGGGGAGGGGUUCGGCUUUGUCGUCAUCUCCUCCACCAACAAGGCCACUAGCACUAUUGGCCAGCUGAUCCCCAACUCGCCGGCGGCGCGCUGCGGGCUGCUGCACGUGGGCGACACCAUCGUGGCCAUCAACCGGCUGCCCGUGCUGCGCCUGCCGCACCCCGACGUGGUCGCGCUCAUCAAGCGCUCCGGCACCACCGUCACGCUCACCGUGCUGCCCACUCGCCCGGACUCGCUCACUCACUGACCACUGCUGUCGAGUGGACGAGACUGACUAGCUGACUGACUGAUUGACAGUGACAGGGAGAUUGAUCAUACUACACUGAACUGACUGAUUGACGACUGAUAUCGGCCGGACUUGCUGAUACUGAGUAGUGUCUAAACUAGUGGAUUGAGUGGGGGGGGGGGGAUACUUAUUACAUCACGCGUAUAGUCUUUGCAUAUGCAAAGAAUGACUCGCUGAUAUAACACUGACCGACUCACACAUUAAUAUUAAUUAAACUGUGCUCUUACGCUGACACUGACAAGCUGGUGCUGACUGAAUCUCACACUGAAACAUGUGUAUGUGACUGUAGGUGACGCUGACACUGAUAAAGUAACACGGUAAAACGCUUCACAAGUUUUCAAUUAUGAAUUUAUACGCUAAGUGUCAUCCUCACAUACUGCUACUGAUUGUUACUGAAUCGCUCAUAAAGUGACACUCAUUUACUGAUAGACAUACUGAAAGAUCUGACUGACGUAACCUCAUCUACUUACUGAAUGCCAGACGACAUACUGACACCCUGGAUAAUUGGUUGAUAGCCAUUGACUGACUGACUGAUUUAUUGAUGAUUGUAGUGCCUAAAAAAAAGAAAACUUAAUGAUUUUAUACGCUGUUGUGAUCUUAUAGAACUGUAGUUCAGUUCUUUAAUUAGAAUUUCUCUUGCAUUGUAAUUUUGCUUGCAGUAUUUAAUGAUAUUGAACACUGAAAAAUAUAAUAAGGCAAUACACGACUAAUAUUUGUUAAGGAAAAGGUAUUGAAGAAUAUAACUUAACUCCACGUAAAUAAAUGAGUACUUUUGCCUCGAAGCAAAACUAAAUGAACUCUCGAAUGUAUAUGAAUCCUAUAAUCUAUGACUCUUAUGAACCUGCGAAUAAGUACACUAGAGAUCCCAGUCGUGAAAAUACCUAUAGCACUCGGGGAUCACGGAUAAAUAUCAGGAAUUAUGGUCUGAUGUUUUGUAAUUCUUGAGGUUAGCGCGUUCAAACAAAUAUACUCUUUUGCUUUUUAUUAUUAGUAUUUAUAAACUGAAUUAAAAAAGGACCUCCAAUGACCGAAUUCUCAGUUAUGCUAAAAAUCAUAGAGAUCUAGAUAUUUCUAGAAUAGCUCGAAUACUAUGCGAGAUGUUAUUGUAAAAUGUUUAUUUCUACAUUUAAUUAGUAAGUAAUUAAUUUAGUAUUCAAUGAGAUAGCUUUAAAUAUUGUUAUUAAGUUUCGUUUAGCAAUAUGAAG